UGUUCUUCUUGCCCUGCUUACUCUUCUUCUCACUGAUUGGAGCAUGGAACCAGCUGCAGCAUGGAUACCUUUCGACAUUCAACCGUCGAACUGGACCAUGGAAUAUGCAGGAUGGGCUCCUGGCUACCCUGUGGAGUUAGAGUCGACUGAGACAUUUGGUAAUAGCUGGCUCCAAACAUCUAGCGGAGGGCGUAUGGUUGAGUAUGCAGCAGCCACAGAUGAUGAUUCCAUUGACAAAGCAGCACAAGAGUUUGAGGCUUAUUUCCAUAAUAUGGGAAUGAAGAUCCCAAUUAAUCCGAUUCAUGUGUUUGAGGAUGCAGCCCGCGAGUUCAAGGUUGAUAUCGACAUGAUGAAGAUGAAGAUCCAUAUGUACCCUCCAAGCAUCCAAGUUUUUGAUGACAAAUUUUUUACCAUCCCAAGGUUGGUGGCCAUUGGGCCUUACCACCAUGGCCAGAACCAGCUCAAGCAGGCGGAGAAAGCGAAAUGUGUGGCUGCCUACCACUGCAUCAUGGAGUCAGGCCACUCAGUCCAGGACAUGUAUGAUGCCGUUGUCUCCGCUGCAUACGAUGCCCGCAGCCUAUACGACAAGGAUGUGAUGGCAGGUAUCAGCGAAGAGGACUUCCUUCAUAUGAUGUUCUAUGAUGCGUGUUUCUUGGUGCAGUACUUUGCUUGUAGAACGGAUGGUUCCGGCACCAUGGACCCAUCGUUGCGUGGCUUCAUCGACUUCAACCGCAAGGCCAUCCGCCAUGACAUCGUGCUGCUCGAGAACCAGAUCCCCUGGCGUGUGGUAGAGGCCGUCUUGAGGUUCAGGCCCGUUGACUUGGAACCCUUCGUCGCGUUCUGGAAACAGUACCUGCAGGACCGCAAGGUUCUUGGCGAACAGCCUCUUGUGUUGGAUGAUAGCUUCGAGCCACCACAUCUCCUUGGCCUCCUUCGGUUCUACAUUGUGGGAAAAGGCAACACCAAGCCACCAACUCAAGUGAAAACCAACAUGAUAUCAUUUUCUGUGAGUGCCAUUGAACUUGCCGAAAACGGCAUCAAGCUCAAAGCCAAUGAAGAAACAACGGAGCUCAUCCAUAUGGGCGUCAACAAGAGAGGGAUCUUCGCCGAGCUCUCCAUGGCGCCGCUGUCGCUGGACGACGAACGUGCCAGCUUCCUCAUCAACAUGGCGGCUCUCGAGCUGUGCACGACCUCCAAUUUCCAGGAAGCUGAGCCAGAAGACUCUGCCGUCUGCUCGUACCUUCUCCUCCUCUCCCUGCUAGUGCAUAGGGAGGAGGACGUGCAUGAGCUGCGGACCAAGCAUCUCCUCCAAGGAGGAGCAGGGCUCAUCAACAAGGACGCGCUGACAUUCUUCACGAGACUUCAGAGCCUUCCCCUACGUGGAUCCAACUGCUAUGUCCGCAUCAUGAUGGAAAUCGAGAAGUACAAGGUCAAGAGGCAGAUGCAGAUCAAGGUUUAUGCGUUUUUUUACAAGAACAAGAGAACCAUCUUCGCUAUCUUCUCCGUUGUUGGUGUACUUGUCAGUAUCUUAGGGACGCUCGUGUCACUCAAAAAGCAAUCUAUGGUUUAGCUGCCUACUUGUUGGUGGAUUUGUAGGUGGACGGCUCCAAUCCCUCAAGGGCUCAUGUCACUCAAAAAGCAAGUUGAGCUCUGCAGCAAACUCUGAGAUGGUGACGUAUGUGCACUCUAGAGGACCUCCAGCUACUGAUGAAUCUGAUUGUGUGGCACCAAUGAAUUCGGUGGUUUUUAGUACAUCUACAUAUCCUGAUUUUGAGAACAGAAGUGCGGGUUUACUGCAAGUCCUUGGAAAAACAGUGCAAACUUUUUCACUGACUACUUGGUUUCUGUCUUGCCAUACUGAGUUCCAGUCCUCAACAACGAAGAAUGCUCUUCUUGUUGAAGGCACCGAGUCCA